CGAAAGCCAAAACUAUCCCCGCUACUGAGCCGGCUCCAUCUCAGCAGCCUAAGGCCAAUUCCGACGUGUCUGUCCCUACUCAGGACGCUUCAGAUGCAAUGGACGCUCUUGCCGCGGAAGCUGAGGCAGCUGUCCCCACUCAGGACGCUUCAGAUGCAAUGGACGCUCUGCCGCGGAAGCUGAGGCAGCUGUCCCUACUCAGGACGCUUCAGAUGCAAUGGAUGCUCUUGCCGCGGAAGCUGAGGCAGAGUCUCAGGAAGCUGGAAGUGGUGGUGCGUUCAACCCGGAGACAGGCGAGAUCAACUGGGACUGUCCUUGCCUCGGCGGCAUGGCGCAUGGCCCCUGCGGGAUGCAAUUCAGAGAAGCGUUCUCGUGCUUUGUGUUCUCCGAGAAGGAUCCGAAAGGCAUAGACUGCGUAGAGAAGUUCAAAGCCAUGCAGGACUGCUUCAGGGAGCAUCCCGAGGUGUAUGCCGACGAUAUCAUGGAUGACGAUGAAGAGGUUGACACUGUCGCGCCAGUUGCUGAGCCUGCGCCACGGUCGGACGCGCCUCUUGAUGCUACAUCGUCAGAGGAACCAGCAGUCUCCCCCGCUGCUCAUGAAGAUUCGCCAAGUUCUAUCACUGCGGCAUAGCGACAUUCGUGCUAUUCCUGCACUCUCCAAAAUAUGGACUGACAAGCCGGCGCGCAUGUGACAAUUGUCCACGAUAGAGCCCAACUUGACCUCCACUACUCCUUCCGAUCUACAUUAG